AUUUAUUUAGUUUUCUUUUGAUCUUUGUACAUAGGAUAUCAUGUCAAGGAAAUAUCAAAGAGUUAAACCUAUGUUUUCUUUCAAUAAUUUUGUAUUUAAAUUGGAUCUACACAAUAAUAUCAACCAACCAGACCCCAGAGCUCCCAGGGACUAAACCACCAACCAAAGAGUACACAUGGCUCUAGCAGCAUAUGUAGCAGAGGAUGGCAUUGUCUGGCAUCAAUAGGAGGAGAGGCCCUUGGUCCUGUGAAGGCUUGAUUCCCCAGUGUAGGGGGAUGUCAGGGUGAUGAGGUGGGAGUAAGUGGGUGGGUGGGGGAGCAUCCUUAUAGAAGCAGAAGGAGGGGAUAAGGGAGAGGGGGGAACCAGGAAAGGGGAUAACAUUAGAAAUAUAAAUAAAAUAUUCAAUAAAAAUACAAAAAGAAAUAUGUUUGUAUAAGAAUGCUUACAUGGAAAUACACCUUAGAUAUAUUUAUAUGUAGCCAUAGACUGGCAUCAUGGUAUAAUAGAACAGGCAAAUUGGUAAAUAUUGUUAUGUUUCUUAGAAUUUCUUAAAUAUUCUGAUGUGUUGUGAGCUACUUUUAUUGAAUAAUACUUAUUUUAUUGUCUUUGGAAAUAUUUAUAUGUAGAAUUCUUUGAAAUUCUAUCUUAUUGAAUAACUAUGUGAAUGCUUUGAUAUUUAUCUGUAUGUAGUAUAUGGAAUAUGUUCACUUGGGAGUGUGGAAUCCACCGUCAAUAGCAGGUGUCUUUCCUGUAAGGUUCUGCACAAUAUACUCAGCAGAAAGGUAUGUCAAUGAACAAUCAAUCAAUCAAACAAUAAGUAAAUUGGAUCUACUUGGAGUUUUGGUAUAAGUCAUGAGGUAGGACAAUCCAAAAGCAACUUUUAAUAAUGUUUAUUUUUUAUCUUAAUACAGAAGCUUUCUUCAUCAAUGAAGAAUAUCCCAAGAUACCCACUGAAUGCCUGAAAACCAUAAUAUCAAGAUAUGCUAUCAAUAUAUAAGUUCAGCUUCCACUUUUUGACCUAAAGGUACUGAGAAACAGUGGACAUUCAACAGCAAUUGUGCUUCGCUGCAUUAUCUUUUCCAGGGCAGGGGCAGGGCAGUGAGCUGCGGCUCCCAUCCCAUCCCAUGAUCAUUGUAUGUGAGAACAGACCUGCUGCUUCACUUGCCCAACCAUGGGCUUUCAUAAAAGUUUUGAGAAUAUUAAAGUACGAUAGGCUAAGCUCUGGUGCCCGGCAGUUGGCACAGUAAGUGUGGUUUUGACUUACGGUGUUUUCAUAUACCGAGAGUCUCCAGACAUACGGAGCAGCUGCCAUCCAUGCUAUGCUAUGCUAUGCUAUGCUAUGCUUCCCAUCCACAUUACGACAGAGUUCAACAUAAACCAGUCACAUGAAGAGAUUUACAGUAACAACUGCCCUGCCAUGCUAUGCUUCCCAUCCACACUACGACAGAGUUUAACACAAACCAGUCACAUGAAGAGAUUUACAGUAACAACUGCCAUCUAUGCUAUGCUUCCCCAUCCACAUUACGACAGAGUUCAACAUAAACCAGUCACAUGAAGAGAUUUACAGUAACAACUGAUUAAAGCGGGUAUUAGCGACAGCCUGUAAAAGCAGUUAUAUAAAAUGUGCGAAUUACUUCUGGAAUUUCCCAGUCAAUGGGUAACAGACAUCAUAGAAAGCAAAUUCAUAGAUAUCAAAGGAUAAUUUUAAUGUAAAUUUGGCAUAUUUAUAGAUUCUAAAACUCUUGGUUCUUAAAAGAUUUAGCAACUCAUCACUAUUUUAGCCACUUUUCUGAAAUUGAGAGCUCCAUCAUCAGUAAUAGCUCAGUGUGGACUGUUGUCUCUAUGCAGGUGAGGGCUGGCACACGAGAAGGCAGGGCCUGUGAUGGGCAGUGAAAGAGUAAGGUGGGGACGGAGUUUUGUAAGGUGGUAGAGAAGAAAAGAGAAAGAGGAACCAAGAUGUAGGCAGAGAAGGACGACCCAGAUCCAUGUGGCCUUAAAUGGCCACAGGUAGCUGUGAAUAUUCCUUAAGGGAUGGAUUUUUAUAGGACAGUUUGUCUUAUCUAGGUGGGAAGUUUAUAUCAUUAUCAAUUCGUUGUGAGUUUUUGUGUGGAUGUUUUGUGAAUUGAGAAUUUAAAACAUAAAUCUGAUUGCUAAAGACAUAAAUCUGAUUGCUAAAUUACAAGCUUAUCAAGUUUUGAUUUUUAUGGGUUACUGGGAGUUGUGACUAUAACCACAGUGGGUGGAUGCUGGGAAUGUGAGCAGAGUCCACAGUAAGAGAGCGGCAAGAUAGGCAGUCUCUGUAUGGAACUUUCAAGGCAGCAACCGGCCCUGGGAACUAGAUGGAUGGAGAGAUUGCGCUGGGCUCAGAGAGUGGCCAUCAGCAGUGUGGGAUGGAGAUUGGGAGCUUAGUGGGUGAGAGGCUUUGCUGGCUGAGAUGAAAAUGUCCUGCAGAAGCCAUAUGGCACUAGGACAGGAUGAUAGAGAAUCUUUUUUAAUAUGCACCACAACCACCUCAGGAAUUUACAAAGUUUUAUUUUAUACUUUAGUCCCUCCUAUAUUUAUACCAAAAUAUUAUAAAAACUGACAUUUCUUUAUGACAUAAUUUAUCAUUUUAAAUUAAAUACUGACGCAACUAAGUUUAGGUUUUUGUAAAGCUAAUUUUUUAUGAUACAUAAUAUUUUAUACCAAAUGUAGGAUGUUUCAGGUCAUUUUGCUUAACAUAUUCUUUGUCUUCUUACAUCAUGAUAAUCAUAUUUGCUUCCUAGUGUAUGUAUGUAUGUAUGUAUUUAUUUAUUUAUAUAUACAAUCCAUAUUUUAUUCCACUCCAGGUCUACCCAACGGUUCCACAUCCCAUAACUCCUCCCUGCACCACACCCACCCCACCUCUAAACUUCCUGGGGCCUCCAGUCUCUUUGAAGGUUAGGUGCAUCUUCUCUGACUGAACCCAGACCCAGGAGUCCUCUGCUGUAUGUAUGUUGGGGGCCACAUCUCAGUGGUGUAUGCUGUCUGGUUGGUGAUUCAGUGUCUAAGAGAUCUCGGGGGUCCAGGUUAAUCGAGACUGCUGGUCCUCCUACAGGGUUGCCCUUCUCCUCAGCUUCCGCCAGCUUUUCUCUAAUCUAUUAUUGCCAAUAUUUACUACUUAAAACAUUCAUUUUCAAUAUUGUUUCAAAUGUCACAUGUAUAAAACUUGGCUUAAUGUUUCCAAUUAAUUCUUUGUAGAUGGACAGAAACUGAACUUUGAACAAACCAAUCCUGUUUUCACUUUUCAUUUGAGAUUUUUCCCCAGGAUGCUAUCAAAGUAAUAUUCUACCUUAAAGAAAAUCUUAGAUUGUACUCUAUCACUUCCCAAUUCUGGCUGUCUCCAGAUAACACCCAAAUUCCUGAAUCACAAAACAUUCCAAGUUUUUAUUCUUUUUUUUUUUUUUCAGUUGCUCCUCAAGACACUUUCCAGUUCAGCAACAAGUUCACAUGAAAUUCUUUAAUGCUUUGAAGGUGAUCAUGUACUCCAAGAAUUUGUACUUCAGCUCCCCACCCUUCCUCCACCCUUCCUCCAUCCUUGGAUACUCAAUUAGGGCUUCAAAGUAGCCUGCCUUAGCUCCUCCCCUUGAACUGGGGUAAACACGCUGUCACUAUUUUAAAGACUAUCAUUUCUCUUUGUCUGUGAAGUCAGACAGAACGAGAAGAAAUCCACUUGAUUCAGAUACUCUCAAGAUUGUUAAAGGACUAACUUCUCCCUCUUUAUGCACUUACGUCUGGAAGCAUUCAGAAAAGGAGGAAUGGAAUAACAAAGGUGACUCUGUAAGCACAUUCUUCAAGAAAGCCCAGGCACAGUCGAACAGCGGUUUCCAGAAGCUGCUGAUCCCAUCUUGCAAGGCUCAGCUCAACUCAGAGCCGCUGCUUCUUCCAAAGUGUACAUCUUGGCGGACCUUACGGAGGAAAUCGGAAAGUAGAGACACGUGAGGUCGUGAUGGAGCUCGAAGAAGACCUUAACGGAAGAGCAGACAAGAACUUCUCAAAGAUGGGCAAAAAGAGUAAAAAGGAGAAGAAAGAAAAGAAACCAGCGGUCAGUGUGCUCACAAUGUUUCGCUAUGCAGGUUGGCUGGACAGAUUUUACAUGCUGCUGGGAACUCUGGCGGCCAUUAUCCAUGGAAUUGCGCUCCCACUUAUGAUGCUGGUCUUUGGAGACAUGACAGAUAGCUUUGCAAAUGUAGGAAACAACCGUAGUAUGAGUUUCUACAAUGCUACAGACAUAUAUGCCAAGCUGGAGGACGAAAUGACCACGUACGCCUACUAUUACACGGGCAUUGGUGCCGGUGUGCUCAUCGUUGCCUACAUCCAGGUUUCACUUUGGUGCCUGGCAGCUGGGAGACAAAUACACAAGAUUAGGCAGAAGUUUUUCCAUGCCAUCAUGAAUCAGGAGAUAGGCUGGUUUGACGUGCAUGACGUUGGGGAGCUCAACACCCGGCUCACAGAUGACGUCUCCAAAAUUAAUGAAGGAAUUGGUGACAAAAUUGGAAUGUUCUUUCAGGCAAUGGCAACAUUUUUUGGUGGUUUUAUAAUAGGAUUUACUCGCGGCUGGAAGCUAACUCUUGUGAUUUUGGCCAUCAGCCCUGUUCUUGGACUGUCAGCUGGUAUUUGGGCAAAGAUAUUGUCUUCAUUUACUGAUAAGGAACUCCAGGCUUAUGCAAAAGCUGGAGCAGUUGCUGAAGAAGUCUUAGCAGCCAUCAGAACUGUGAUUGCCUUUGGAGGACAAAAGAAGGAACUUGAAAGGUACAAUAACAAUUUGGAAGAAGCUAAAAGGCUUGGGAUAAAGAAAGCUAUCACGGCCAACAUUUCCAUGGGUGCAGCUUUUCUGCUUAUCUAUGCAUCAUAUGCUCUGGCAUUCUGGUAUGGGACUUCCUUGGUCAUCUCAAAAGAAUACACUAUUGGACAAGUGCUCACUGUCUUUUUUUCUGUAUUAAUUGGAGCAUUCAGUGUUGGGCAGGCAUCUCCAAAUAUUGAAGCCUUCGCCAAUGCUAGAGGAGCAGCUUAUGAAGUCUUCAGUAUAAUUGAUAAUAAGCCCAGUAUAGACAGCUUCUCAAAGAGUGGGCACAAACCCGACAACAUACAAGGAAAUUUGGAAUUCAAAAAUAUUCACUUCAGUUACCCGUCUCGAAAAGACGUUCAGAUCUUGAAGGGCCUCAACCUGAAGGUGAAGAGCGGGCAGACGGUAGCCCUGGUUGGCAACAGUGGCUGUGGGAAAAGCACAACUGUCCAGCUGCUGCAGAGGCUCUACGACCCCAUAGAGGGCGAGGUCAGUAUCGACGGACAGGACAUCAGGACCAUCAAUGUGAGGUAUCUGCGGGAAAUCAUUGGGGUGGUGAGUCAGGAACCCGUGCUGUUUGCCACCACAAUUGCCGAAAACAUUCGCUAUGGCCGAGAAAACGUCACCAUGGAUGAGAUAGAGAAAGCUGUCAAGGAAGCCAAUGCCUAUGAUUUCAUCAUGAAACUGCCCCACAAAUUUGACACCCUGGUUGGUGAGAGAGGGGCGCAGCUGAGUGGGGGACAGAAACAGAGGAUCGCCAUUGCCCGGGCCCUGGUCCGCAACCCCAAGAUCCUUUUGUUGGAUGAGGCCACGUCAGCCUUGGACACAGAAAGCGAAGCCGUGGUUCAGGCCGCUCUGGAUAAGGCUAGAGAAGGCCGGACCACCAUUGUGAUAGCUCACCGCUUGUCUACAGUUCGCAAUGCUGAUGUCAUUGCUGGUUUUGAUGGUGGUGUCAUUGUGGAGCAAGGAAAUCAUGAUGAGCUCAUGAGAGAGAAAGGAAUUUACUUCAAACUUGUCAUGACUCAGACAGCAGGAAAUGAAAUUGAAUUAGGAAAUGAAGCUUGUGAAUCUAAAGACGGAAUUGAUAAUGUGGACAUGUCUUCAAAAGAUUCGGGAUCCAGUCUAAUAAGAAGAAGAUCAACUCGCAAAAGCAUCCGUGGGCCACAUGAUCAAGACGGGGAACUUAGCACCAAAGAGGCUCUGGAUGACGACGUACCUCCAGCUUCCUUUUGGCGGAUCCUGAAGUUGAAUUCAACUGAAUGGCCUUAUUUUGUGGUUGGUGUAUUUUGUGCCAUAAUAAAUGGAGGCUUGCAACCAGCAUUCUCCAUAAUAUUUUCAAAGGUUGUAGGGGUUUUUACAAAAAAUGACACCCCUGAAAUCCAGCGGCAGAACAGCAACUUGUUUUCUUUAUUGUUCCUGAUCCUUGGGAUCAUCUCUUUCAUUACGUUUUUCCUUCAGGGCUUCACAUUUGGCAAAGCUGGAGAGAUCCUCACCAAGCGACUCCGAUACAUGGUCUUCAAAUCCAUGCUGAGACAGGACAUAAGCUGGUUUGAUGACCCUAAAAACACCACAGGAGCGCUGACCACCAGGCUUGCCAAUGACGCUGCUCAAGUGAAAGGGGCUACAGGGUCUAGGCUUGCUGUUAUUACCCAGAACAUAGCAAAUCUUGGGACAGGCAUCAUCAUAUCCCUGAUCUACGGCUGGCAAUUGACACUUUUACUCCUAGCAAUUGUUCCCAUCAUUGCUAUAGCAGGAGUGGUUGAAAUGAAAAUGUUGUCUGGACAAGCGCUGAAAGAUAAGAAGGAACUAGAAGGUUCUGGGAAGAUCGCUACAGAAGCAAUUGAAAACUUUCGCACUGUCGUCUCUUUGACUCGGGAGCAGAAGUUUGAAACUAUGUAUGCCCAGAGCUUGCAGAUACCAUACAGAAAUGCUUUGAAGAAAGCGCACGUCUUUGGGAUCACUUUCUCCUUCACCCAGGCCAUGAUGUAUUUCUCCUAUGCUGCUUGUUUCCGGUUUGGUGCCUACUUGGUGGCACGAGAACUCAUGACAUUUGAAAAUGUUCUGUUAGUAUUCUCAGCUAUUGUCUUUGGUGCCAUGGCAGUGGGGCAGGUCAGUUCAUUCGCUCCUGACUACGCGAAAGCCAAAGUCUCGGCAUCCCACAUCAUCAGGAUCAUUGAGAAAAUCCCUGAGAUUGACAGCUACAGCACGGAGGGCUUGAAGCCUAAUAUGUUGGAAGGAAAUGUGAAAUUUAAUGGAGUCAUGUUCAACUAUCCUACCCGACCCAACAUCCCAGUGCUUCAGGGGCUGAGCCUAGAGGUGAAGAAAGGGCAGACGCUGGCCCUCGUGGGCAGCAGUGGCUGCGGGAAGAGUACAGUGGUCCAGCUGCUUGAGCGCUUCUAUGACCCCAUGGCCGGAACAGUGUUUCUAGAUGGCAAAGAAAUAAAGCAACUCAAUGUCCAGUGGCUCCGCGCCCACCUGGGCAUUGUGUCCCAGGAGCCCAUCCUGUUUGACUGCAGCAUCGCCGAGAACAUUGCCUACGGAGACAACAGCCGUGUCGUGUCUCAUGAGGAGAUCGUGAAGGCAGCCAAGGAGGCCAACAUCCACCAGUUCAUCGACUCACUGCCUGAGAAAUACAACACCAGAGUGGGAGACAAAGGGACUCAGCUGUCGGGCGGGCAGAAGCAGCGCAUCGCCAUCGCGCGCGCCCUCGUCAGACAGCCUCACAUCUUACUUCUGGAUGAAGCGACAUCAGCUCUGGAUACGGAGAGUGAAAAGGUCGUCCAGGAAGCGCUGGACAAAGCCAGGGAAGGCCGCACCUGCAUUGUGAUCGCGCACCGCCUGUCCACCAUCCAGAACGCAGACUUGAUCGUGGUGAUUCAGAACGGCCAGGUCAAGGAGCACGGCACCCACCAGCAGCUGCUGGCCCAGAAAGGCAUCUAUUUCUCCAUGGUCAGUGUGCAGGCUGGAGCAAAGCGCUCAUGAACUGUGACCAUGCGAGAUGUUAAAUAUUUUUAAUGUUUGUAUUAAUAUAUGACACUUAAUCAAAGUCAAAAGGAAAACACUUACUAGAAUAGUCAGUUAUCUAUUUCCUGUCACAAAGGAAAGCAUUUAGUCCAUUUUAGAGUCUUCAGAGACUUUGUAAUUAAAAGAACAAAAAUAGAUACAUCAUCAAGUGGAGAGUAAUAGUUUAAAAUGCACUAUAAAAUUUACAAAAGAGUUAAAAGUAAAUAUUUGAUAAUAUAUACUUUUAUUUAUACUUUCUCAUUUGUAACUAUAACUGAUUUCCUUGCUUAACAAAUUAUGUAUGUAUCAAAACUACUGAAAUGUUUGUAUAAAGUAUAUAUAUAUAGUGAAACUGAAUGUUUAUAUUUUUUGACUUGUUUUGCUCAAAAUGCAUGUGAAAUUAUAUAUUCUACCAACUGGAGUAUUGUACAUAAUUUUAGCCUUUAAAACUUAGUCUAUGGGGGAGGGGUCACUCUAUGGGUAAUGUGCCUGAUAAUACACAAACAUGAGUACCUGAGUCCAGAUCCCUAGCACCUAUGUAAGCAGAAAGGUGUGGUAUGUUUGUAAUGCCAGGGCUAGAGGCAGAAACAGACAGAUCCUAUGGGCUCCGUGGUCAGCUAGCCUAGCCAGCAUAGGGAGCUCCAGGUUCAGUGAGAAGACUUGCCUCAAAAAUAAGAGGGAAAAAGCAAAUGAGGUUGUCACAAAUGUGUACUCGUCAUACAAAUGCCAUCCAUGCAAAUGUAUACACACACACACUCACACACACACACACAUACACACACACACACACACACACACACACACACACACACACACACAUUAACAGAGGACUAGCAAGGAAAAGGAAGGGGAUUAACAGGAGUGGGACCAGGACAAAGGAGGUUACUUGGAUGAAUAUGACUGAAGGAUGUUAUGUACAUGUAUGAAAAUGCCGUACUGAAACACUAUGAUGUAUACUUAAUAUAUGCUAAUAAACAUUUUUAAAAGGAAGAAAAA